UAUAGAGACCUCCAUUCUUUACCUUGUGUAAACCAACUGUCCAUUGUUAUCUCAUUAUCUAACAUUGUUCAGGGCUUUCGUCCAUUAUGAAUGUUUGUAUAGUCUACCUGGAUAUUUUGAGACCAUUUGCUGAAUCUAUUUUAGAAGGAAACAUGAAUAAGGGACCAGCAGCAAAUCCCCGGUGGAUAUAUGAUACUCCAAUCCAUUCUGAAGUAGAGGCCAAGCUGAGGGAAUUCUUAGUUCAGUUGGGGCAUGAGGACAGAAUACUUGGAAUUCAGCGUGCAUCUGGGAAGAAAUUUCAGGAGAUACUUGAAGAAGCAUUCAUUCGACCGCUAAAUAUUGAAGGCGAGCUAUAUGUUGGAAUUCCACCAGGUGUGGAAUCUCGACUGCAACUCUUACAAUAGAUGAAUAUGAUCUCAGGAGUACCAAAACAGAGUUACCAUCCUGACGUACCCACUACUUACCGUCUUGACCAAAUUGCAGAGCUCAUCACCACCUUGCCUGUUUCUUUAACAUGCUGAACAUUCGGCGUGCCA